UUGCUUUGGCAAAGGACAGGAAGAAAAUUUGAGCUUUGGGUUCGAUAAAUGGAAAGUCACAUUAAACGGCCAGAAUGAGAAGGAAUGGAGGAAACGAGGAUCCGAGUGUGAGGCGUGGGAAGGAGAGGGGGACCAAGGAACAAGUCCGAACUGAGCCAGAGCCUCGUGAUUCCGGGACCCAGCUCGAAACGAUUCGCGACGACAGAUUCUCGGAGGCAGAGGAGGAUCGGCAUGGACGUGCAUGAAGUGCAUGGGAAUCUGUGUCCUGCCUCUGGGAACAUAGCGCCCGACGAGGUUUCGAUUCGUGGGCAGGAUCUCGAACUGUCGAAUUUUUCGAGCUGAUCUCAUGGGACCAUUCGAGGAGCAAGAGUCGUGAUCCGAGCAUUUGUGGUUGUUUGUGGAAGAUCAUGAACCCUAACCCUAGUGCUUGCCAGUGCUUGCCUGUGUCAGCAUUUUCUCUGUUCUCUGCUCCUGGGCUGAAUGGGAAGCUUGUCACCAAGACCUGAGCCAGCGUAUCGAACUGAAGGAUCCAGCUCGUGUUGCUCCGGGAUCUUGUGAAUUGGACCGGAGUUUGGGAUUUCACCGCUGCCAGUUCCUGCAGCUUGGGAAAAUGUCUCGGCAGAGCACAGUUCUGGUGGUAGCGUCAUGUGCAUCGGUGCUCGUAGUCUCCGUCUCUGUGUUCAUUUAUAUGAGGAAUAAGAAGACCCGAGCCGAAGCUGAUAGAGAGCUGAAGAAUCUGCUGAACAAGGAGAGGAGACCGCAGACCGAGGAGGAAGAUCUGGAGGAAGCUGAGGACGAGGAGGGCGAGGAUGAGGAUGAGGAUGAUGAAGAUGAUGAUGAUGAUGGAGAUUUAGAGGAGCCGGAAGGAAUUGGUCUGGACUCGAAAGAACAGAGCAGUAAGGUUGGUGGGUGCUGUAAAACCAGCCGUGAUUCAGAGAAGCGCAGUAAUGGUAGUGGGUGCUGCAAAGCCAAAGGUACAGCAAGCUCUUGUGGUUCUAAAGAGCAGAAUGGAUUGGCAGGUGACACUCAAGGGAAUUUUAUCGACGACGAUGUUGCAUUUUUGUACCCUGCAGCUGAUGAGGAAACACCUGGGGCGACUGGAAAUACAGAAUGUGGUAAUGGGUGUGCCAGUCACACCACGAGUAAUGAGAGCUCAGCGGAGGUUUGUGGUAAACUUUUGUUUGUCUCAGAAACUGGCACAUCGCAGAAAUUGGCAGAGAAUCUCGGUAACCAGUUGUUAGGUCGGGGAGUGGCAGUGAAAGUAGUGGACGCACGCUCGUACGAGCCCGAGGAUUUGGCCAAAGAAAGCUUGGUCAUCAUUGUUGCGAGCACUUGGAGCGAGGGGAAGGCUCCGAAGAACGGCUCUUAUCUCUUGCAGUGGUUGGAUGAGAGCUCUGAAGACUUUAGAGUGGGCUCUGGGCUGCUACAGAAUUGCAAAGUCGCAAUUUUUGGAGUGGGAAGCAGCGUUUAUGGAGAGAAUUUCAAUGUGGUUGCAAAGGCUUUUGAAAGCCACCUUACUGCACUAGGUGCACACCUGAUACUUGCCAGUGGAGUGGGGGACGAUGACUUAGGUGAUGUAGAGGAGCAGUUCGAGACGUGGUCCCAGAGUCUAGUGGAUCACAUCCGAGGAACAGGUGCAGGUUCUGUGUUAGAAUCCUCUACCGAGAAUGUUCCCGUUAGUAAGGAAAAUGAAACAUUAAUGGAGGAAAUGGUAGAAGAAAUUUAUUACACUGAUACUGACGAAGAAGACAAGGAGAACACGGAUACGUUAGUGGACUUGGAGGAUAUGGCGGGAGCACUAGGAUCAACUGUGAAAACAAAGGACCCCAAGAAGAAGGGUUUCGUGAGGAAAGGGAAGAAGAAUGUGCAGGGAGGCCAAGCGAAAAAGGUUGAAAAGUAUUUUCAAACCCCGAAUGGCGACGACAGAAAAGAGAUGGUCACUCCAGUACUUAGAGCUAGCUUAGAGAAGCAGGGAUACAAAAUCUUAGGUUCGCACAGUGGCGUCAAGUUGUGUCGUUGGACGAAAUCACAGCUGCGGGGUCGUGGAGGAUGCUACAAGCAUUCAUUUUACGGUAUCGAGAGUCACCGCUGCAUGGAGACAACUCCGAGUCUGGCCUGUGCGAAUAAGUGUGUAUUCUGCUGGAGGCAUCACACGAAUCCAGUCGGAAAGAGCUGGCGCUGGAAAAUGGAUGACCCUGUUGAAAUUGUCAAUGCUGCCCUGGAUCAACAUACAAGUAUGAUUAAGCAAAUGAAAGGUGUUCCAGGAGUGAAGCCAGAGCGUUUGCUAGAGGGAAUGACUCCAAGACAUUGUGCCUUGUCACUUGUCGGGGAACCCAUCAUGUACCCCGAAAUUAAUACACUUGUGGACGAGUUGCACAAACGACGUAUAUCCAGCUUCUUAGUAACAAACGCUCAGUUUCCCGACCGCAUUACACAACUCAGCCCUGUCACCCAGCUCUACGUUAGUGUGGAUGCUGCCACGAAAGAGAAACUGAAGGCUAUCGACAGACCUCUCUUCAGUGACUUCUGGGAGCGCUUUACGGAUUCUCUUACUGCUCUACGAGAUAAACGCCAGAGAACUGUGUAUCGUUUGACAUUGGUGAAAGGCUGGAAUGUUGCCGAGCUUGAUGCAUACGUUCAGCUUUUACAGCUGGGACAACCUGACUUCAUUGAAAUCAAGGGUGUGACUUAUUGUGGCUCCACCGCAACGUCAUCGCUGACCAUGGAGAAUGUACCUUGGCACCAAGAUGUCAAGGACUUUGCUGAGGCCAUGGUAGCAGCAACGAAUGGUGAAUAUGAGCUUUCUUGUGAGCAUGUUCAUUCAUGUUGCGUGCUUUUGGCGAAGGUCUCGAAGUUCAAGAAGGACGGAAACUGGUAUACGUGGAUCGAUUACGAGAAGUUUCAUGAUCUGGUGGCAUCCGGAGAGCCAUUCAGCAGCGAAGACUACAUGAUGCAAACCCCCAGCUGGGCUGUUUAUGGAGCUGAGGAAGGAGGCUUUGAUCCCAAGGAGGUUCGUGUUAAGAAGGAGAGGAGACACGGAGCGUCUGCUGACCCUGGUGGAUGCACAUGAAACCUGGUUACUGUAACAGUCAGGACGGUUCCGAGACAGGACUAUCGAGACCUCAUCGAUUAUCUCUCCAUUCUGCCUACACCCUGAAAUCAAGGGAUGCAGUCCUCAGUAGAAGUGCUGGUUUUUUGGUACUAGCUGUUGUCAAUUUAUCCUCGAGGCUUUAUCAGUUGUGAGGAUAAGGUAUUACCAUCAGGUCAAUGUCCGUGCUCUUCUGUGACAUAAGAUGAUCAGUCUGUAGCACGACUUGUAUAUUAGUCAAUUUUUCCCGGAAGGGUCGAAGUCCACCGUGCGAGAAGCGAGGUAUCUUAGAUAGAGGACGGGGAUUUUCAUUUUGUGGCGAUAGCAUGGAGCUUUCUUCAUCGAUGUGAAUAAUGAUACCUCUCAUCACUUUGAUGAUCGACUUACUAUACAUUCAAAGAGAAAAUUAUUUUCAGCC